UGAAGACGAGUACAACAAAAAAUCCUAAGUUUGAGUCAUGAGUAACUUAAAGCUUUCCCUCUUCAUUGCCAUUCUGCUGGUGGCUGUACCGACGGCAUUCUCGUACGAUUACCUGAAACUUGCACUUCAAUGGCCGCCAACAGUUAGUCGCGACAAACAGUUUUAUCCCAGCUCGAUGGACUUCACAAUCCACGGAGUGUGGCCUGAAAAUUUCCUGGGCCCGUGGCCUCUGCCGCCGUGCCCUCUACAGAACCCCUACGUGUCCAUCACGGAUUCCAACCUGCUGUCAAGACUCCAAGUGAGCUGGCCGAACCUACUCGGAUCUAAUGACUGGUUUUGGGGUCACGAGUGGAACAAGCAUGGUGGUUGUUCUGAAGCGGUUUACAACCAAACCCAGUAUUUCGAGUUGGGGCUCGAGUUGAAGGACCGGUACGAAGUUCAAAAAAUGCUCGGCUUGAGUUUUAUCUUCCCAGGCAUGCGUGUCCUUCUGAGCGAUAUCGAUGGCACAAUUCGCUACCGCUUCCACAAAAAAGCUGAGUUUGGUUGUAACAAUGGACCCGUUUUCGAGCUCAGGGAGAUCCGGAUGUGUUUUGAUCCGAGCCUUGCACUGAUUGAUUGUCCCCCCCGCUCCGGACCUCUGGUUUGCUCAGCACAGCAUGUCUACAUUCCACGGCCGUAGCACCAAUUAUGAGGCUGUCCGACACCUAAUAAUUGCUUAAUAAACGCUGCUGAUAAAAGAAGGGAAAUGAUAACACCCCAAGUUUAAUUUCCAUAACAAAAAUAUACUCUAGCUCUGGUUACUGUGCUCAGCGCGUACGGGACGUCGCGAUUCUUUAGUGGCGUUUUGCGAUGGGUUCCCGUUUAAUGAAAUUCUAUAAUAUGAUAGUGAAACUAAAA